UUUUGAACUCACUGGACGCUCAAACCAAAAACGGAAAACGAAAAGCAAGUCAUUGCGUCGAAUUCAAACUCGCUCAAAUUCUCGCUCUCGAUAAAUUUCAAAGAAAUGGAUGGGCAUGAUGCGGAGAAUUCAAAACAAAGCACCGCUGAUAUGACUGUGUUUGUUCAAAACCUUCUUCAGAAAAUGCAAACCCGGUUUCAGGCAAUGUCUCAAUCUAUUAUUUCCAAAGUUGAUGAGAUGGGGAGUCGGAUCGAUGAGUUGGAACAAAGCAUCAAUGAUCUUAGAGCCGAGAUGGGUCAAGAAGGCUCUCCAUCUCCUUCCACUUCUCUGAAGACAAAAGAGGAUCCCAAGUCAGCUGAAGAUUCUCCAUAAAAGAGCACAUAUUCAGUACGAGUUUGAUGGUUGUUGCUGUCGUUUGCUUUCUUCUUUCACAUUUACAGUCCGAAUCUCAUAGAUAUACCCAGUGAUGUGUUCUGCAUACAUUCCUAGCGGAAAUUUGUCGUUGACACUCUAGUGUUUUUUCCCAUCUGAUUUGUUUGGUAUGUGUUUAUGUAAUCUGAGCUGCCCAGAUUUGGUAUCAUAGCGCUCUGUGUUGCAUCAACGACAACGGAGUGUAUAUAACUUGAUCUAUUUCUCUUGCUUGUUAAAUGUUUGUUGUUUGAGGCA